AUGGCUGAUCAACAGAACCUUGCAAUUGGUAACUUUAAGCUGGAAAUACCUGAAUGUUUAAAAGACAACGACAGUAUUUCAAGUGAAGGCGAUGAUAUAUUGAGCAACAUGAACAUGGCAGAAUUAGAUCUUCUUGGAGAACUGGUUGGAAUUGAUCAUGAUGAAUCCCUCCAAGAAGCACUAGCCAGCAUCCAUGACCAUGGAGAAUCAGAUUCAACAUGUAGGCCUACACUCGAACCUGCCAAGCAUGAAGUUGAAAUGGAUGAAGACUUUGUGGAACCAAAACCAAAAAGAUUUAAACAUGUGACAACAGAAGAUAUUGAAAAGUUGUUCGAGGAGAGACAAGCCCCUAGUACCAAGAAAAACACAGCCUGGGGAUUGAAAAUAUUUCAAGAGUGGAACAAGGAGACAAUAGGGAGGGAGUUAAACCUGGGUACAGUUUCCGAAGAAGACCUUGCUGAAAGCCUCAGUAAAUUUUACUGUGAAGUGCGGCCAGCCCCCAAAAGUCAAGACCAAGACAAUAUUGAGAAUGUGUACCAUAGAAACAGUCUCAUCAGCAUCCGAGCAGCAAUAAACCGACAUUUGUCUGAUAUUCACAGAAACAUUGAUAUUGUCAGGGAUAAACAAUUCAAAAUGUCCAACGGAAUACUAGAUGGCCUUCUUAAACAGAGAAUGAGACUCGGCCUUUCCAAACCGGUGACGCACAAAGAGAUUAUAGACCAAGAUGACCUGGAGAAAAUUGCAGCUUAUUUUGAAGAAGCGCCCAACUCACCAGUGAUUUUACGACAAUAUGUGUGGUAUACACUCGCAGUUCAUUUCGUGUCGAGAGGAAUGGAGUUCCACCAUCAGCUGAAGCUGGAUUCCUUCAUCUUUGAAGGCGACAACUCUGAAGAGUUUGCUACAAUGUCGCACGAAACACAACAAAAAAAUAUGCAGGGUGGCCUGACACAUGCUGGUGGGGAUGGGGGGAAGCGUAUGUAUGCACAUUACGACAACGCUACGUGUCCAGUUAAAAUGCUAAAAAUGCUAAUGGAAAAAACUGACCCUACUGCUACGAGUCUGUUCAACCAGUUUGACAAAAGCGCGUCACUGAAACCAAAGGAAAGUGCGAUAUGGUACACCAGUAAAUGUCUUUCAAAGCGUACUUUCGCGAAAUUCUUGUCAGACAUAUGUGUAGCAGCGAAGGUCGUGAAGAAAUACACACCUCAUUGUCUGCGAGCAACAGCGAUACAGUUCCUGAAUGACGAAGGAUACGAGGCACGACAUAUAAUGUAUAUGAGUGAUCAUAAAUGCGAGUCGUCGCUCAGAUCGUACAACAGAAAUGUAGCCACUCACCAGAAAAAGUCGCUCAGCUCGUCGUUGUCCGCCAUUAUCCAACCCAAAGCGAAACUUGGCGAGGUCUCUCAAUCCGAUGAAUUGAGUGCGGUCGCUGCCGUUAGAACAGUGUCUCUGCCCGUGCAGAACUCGUCGGCAUCUUCUGCAUUAGUCCCCAGUAACAACUGUUUGUCCCAAGUGUCUGUGAGGUCAACAAACAACUUCACUCCUGGGUUUUUCGCGAAUUCCACUUUCUCGGGUUGCAUUAUCAACAUCAACCGACCGGAUUGCUAA